AUGACUCGCCUCAUCAGCCACUGUUUGACUCUCUGGUCUCUGACCGCCACCUUACUCGUUGCACUCCCACUCCGGCAGCGUGAGACUUCUGCCUUGGACUGGAUUGACGAUGAAGUCGAGUUUCUUGCCGAACUGAAAAGCCACCUGACUGGAUCCCCUAACCAUAACAAACUGCUUGAGCGUAUAGAGGCCCAGCUGCAGGACUUGGGGUUUCAGACCGAAUCCGAUAUUUACGACUUCGAGUACUACGAUGCGCCGAAAACCCCUCCAAAGUUGACGGUGGAUGGCGAGGACAUCGAGCCGGCCAUGUACGUGCCGUAUUCUGGGGUGACCGGCCCAGAAGGAGUCACUGGCGACCUCUUCAAACUCAACAAUCCCGUCGCUGGUGGGCCCGCUUGGGAGGAUGCUUCUGGUAAGGUAGCUGUCCUGAAUCUGACCACCGGUCCUGCCGACACCUCCAAAUCGCUUGCUGUCUGGCCUGGCUCGCCUCAAUGGGGCAUGAGGGGCGGCGUACCCGCGAGCAUCGCGAAUACUGGUGUCAACAUGACAGCCGCUGCUGAGGCUGGCGUCAAAGCGGCCAUUUAUCUGUGGGAUGGCGUUACGGCUGCCAAUGUCUACGGGCAGUAUGGUCCCUUCAAGAUGCUCUUCCAAGACCUUCCCGCGGUCUACCUGGCAGGCGAAGCUGCUUCCAAGGUGGUGAAGGCAACUGAGGCGGGCGCGACGGCGAGUCUGCAGCUUGAAGGCAGCAUGGUGUCCAACACCACCACGCGAACCUUCUGGGUGGUGGUCCCAGGGACUGAGCUUCAGAACGAAACCGUUAUAUAUUCGACACACACAGACGGAAACAAUGUUGUGCAGGAGGACGGCUACUUCGCCCUUCUCGCUCAAGCUAGGGCUUUGGCCGCGUCCCCUCCGAGACGCACAACCAUCCUCUUGUUCCUCACGGGACACCUUCACACUCCCGCCGUGACUCCCACAGGCAGAGUCCUGUACCGCUGGAUGCAAGACCACCCGGAGCUUUGGAACGGCACCAAUGGCGGUACAACAACUGUCUUUGGCUCGUGCGUCGAGCAUCUCGGGGCGGUCAGCUGGUUCGACGAUCUCGCCCACGACCUGUACUGGCCCACAGGCAAGCCUGACGACGAGAUGCUGUUUGCCGCUACUCCUUCCCUUGCCAAUCUCGUCCAGGAUGAGUGGAGCGGCGCUUUUCCGGACCAGCAACUGCGCAUUUCCAAUCCGAUCGAAAGCAAGCUGGAGCAACCCGGCGAGGGCCUGCCCCUCCUCUGGCACCAGAUUCCAGAGAUAUCCCUCGUCACCAGCCCGGACUGGCUGCUCAAGGAGUGGCCGGAUCUGUUCGAUCAGCGGCAGCUGAUCGAUGUCGCGGUCACAAAGCGCCAAGUAGCCAGCUUCUUGCGCAUUUGGGACAGGGUGGAUGGUAUGGACGCUGGGCAGUUUGGAGAUGUGGUCUACAGUCGCGGACCUGCGACGUUAGGAUAG